AUGGCCGACGUUCGCACCGAGCUGGCGGCGGCGCCAACGUACGGCAGCGCGCCCGCGACUGCGUCGCCGUCGCACCUCCUCGACGCCCGCGUCAAGCUGCUUCGGCUACUCGACAUGCGCAAGUGGCACUACACGUACAUGCUCGUGGCAUUCGUCGACUUUCUCGGGCAAAUGGUGUUCCUUGCGUUCACGUCGCCGAGCCUCGACCGCUUUGAGUGGUACGUGAUCCUCUCGGUGACGCUCUCGUGCGGCUGCAUGGCCCUCUACCUCGCCGACAUGUCGGUGCGUCUCCUGACGCUGCGCACGCUCCUCUGCACGAACGUGGCGUCCGUCCUCGACUUGGUCGUGCUGCUGGCGAUGGCGAGCCUCCUGUACCUUCGCGUCUACGUUCCCGCGCACGUCUACAACUGCGUGCUCGGGUACUUUCUCUUGGCCGCUCUCCACAUUGUGCUCAAGCCGCGGGCGCGAGCGUUCUCCAAGAAGUUCCACAAGUUCCGCGCCGACUUUGAGCGUAUCCACAUCUCGGUCGCGAGCGUGCGCCUGAGCUUGCGCCGCAUCCCGGGCAUGGCGCCAGCCGCCAUCGACGCGCUGGACCGCGAUCUCUCGAUGCUCGCAGUCGGCAACGACGCAGGCGACAUGACGCACGACAAGUUGCUCGUGUUUCUCGAGAAAGCGCUUCUGUACAAGCCCAAGGACGUGCCAACAUCGGAUUUUCUCUCGUACUUGCGCAACAUUGACGCCUCAACGCAUGCAUACGGAACGCUCGACGUCGUGCGCAGUACGCUUGGGCACUGGUCCACGCAGCGCUGCGACCUCUUCAUGGUGUGCCUCGUGGUCUGCAUCAACGCGAGUAUCAACCCGAUCCAAGCCUAUGUGCUCAACCACCUGGCCGACCACGCGUUCCCUGCGUACGGCGCCUCGGCCAACGCAACGGUCUCGGACGCCGACUUGGACGCGGCCUUGGCGACCGGUGUCACCGGGCUCCUCUGCCUCUGCAUCCCGUUUGCGUUUGGCGAUGCGCUCAUGGGCUUUUUUCAGAGUAAAAUGAUCUCGAAAGCGACGGCCCAAGUCCAGACGUCGCUGCUCGACACGGUGCUGCAGCAGAGCGCGGCGUUUUUCCUCACGCGCUCGGACGGCGACCUCAACAACGUCUUCCAGAGCGACCUCGCGCGCGUCAACGGGCUCUGGCAAGCCGUCUUUUGGAACCUCAUCAAUCCGUGCGUCUCGAUCGCGUUUGGGUUCGGGUACCUUCUCUACUACAAGCCGUGGCUCGGCCUCCUCUCGUUUGCGUUUGCGCUCGUGCUCGUCACGUCCGGUCCGCAGGGCUUUGCGGCCAAGCAGAGCAAGCUCUUUGGCUCGAAAAAUGCCUACGUCGCGUCGGAUUUUGCCAACGCCGUCGCGUGUCAAAAGGUCGUGCGCGCCUACGCGCUCGAAACCACCCUCGUCCGCAAGUUCAAGGCCGUCGUCGCGACGCUCCAAAUCGCGCAGUUUGCCAAGGAUUUCUGGAGCGGCAUUGUCCAAAUCUACGUCGAGUCGGCCAUGUACAUCUUCGUCGCGACCAUGACCGCCGGCCUUGCGAUCCAAGUCCGCCACGGCAGUCUCUCGGCCGGUGAGUUCUUCUCGUUCGUGACGAUGCUCGCGCGCAUCUCGACGCCCGUGACCGUCCUCGGCGGCUUCAUGCGCGUCGCCAUCGGAAACGCAUCGAGCCUCCAGCGCAUCGACCAGCUCCUCGCGCUCGCACCACCGUCGCCGCCACCAACCACAUCGUCGUCGUCGCCGUCGUCGCUGGGCACGGAGGUGAUGCCGCCGCUGGCGUCCGACUUGCAGUUCCACGAUGUUGUUUUCCAGUACACGCCAACGGGGCCGCUCGUGCUCAACGGUCUCACGGCGAAAGUUCCCAAGGGCGCGUACACGUGCAUUGUCGGGCCGAGCGGGUGCGGGAAGAGCUCGCUCCUCAACUGCCUCAUGCAGUCGGUCGACUUGAAGGCCGGUGCGAUUUCGGUCGACGGCGCGGACCUCCGCCGCUUCACGAAGCCCAGUGUGAUGGCCGAGACAGCGGUCGUCUUCCAAGACGGCGGUAUCCUCAACGGCACGAUUCUCGACAACAUUCGGUACGGCAAAUUGAACGCGACUGACGCCGAGUGCAUCGAAGCCGCCAAGCUCGCGGAAGCCGACAAGUUUAUCUCGACGCUGCAGGACGGGUACCAUACCGUCAUGGGGCAGCACGCAACGUGCAACAUGAGCGGCGGCCAGGUCCAGCGCGUGUGCUUGGCGCGGGCGCUCGUGCGGCAGCCGAGCCUGCUCCUUCUCGACGAGGCGACGAGUGCGCUGGACCCCGAAACGGAAGCCUCGAUCGUCCGCACGCUCGAGCGGUUGGCCAAAACCAUGCGCAUGACGAUUCUUUCGGUGACGCACCGCUUGUCGACGGCGCGCCACGCCGACUUGAUUCUCGUGCUCAACCGCGGCGUCGUGGCCGAGCAAGGCACGUACGACGACUUGGUCGAGGUGCAGGACGGGCUCUUUGCCGACAUGGUCGCCCAAGCCACGUCGGCCGACGAGGAAGCGACGCCGAAGAAGCCCAAGAAGGACGAUUCGAGCCAUGCGCUGCGAGCGUUCGUCGACGCGCUCGCGACGCGCGCCAAAUGGAACGCGUCGAUGCUGCACGCGCCUUCGCUGCGCCGCAUGACGACGUCCGGCUUGGACACUGAGGACGGCGCCAAGGGCCCGGCCACGACGUACGCGGUCUUGUAAGCCCCCACAAACACGCUUUUCCAGUUUUGAACGCUUCACAUCAUACUGAGCUAUAAUGGAUGGCAACUCUCGAC